ACGGAAGUGAACAUUGACCAACAACAAUUUCGUACCUUAGGGUUUUUAUUGUUGUUAUUUAGACGUUUAUUAACACCCUGGAACUCAGAAUAUGACUAAUUUAACUACAUAGCCUCACAUACGUACACCCAGGUAGUAUAUAAUUCGCGUUGGAGACAGAACUUGGUUGGUAGAUAGUAAUGCUAGGUAACUUAGCUGCUAACAAUGGCUAAAUGUAUGGUUUUUCACACUCAAAUAGCCUCCAUUAUGGAGGUGCUAGCGAAUGCAGCCGUGGCAGAGAUCUGUAAACUCGUCGACGACGACUAUGCAGUGUUUCGUUUGGAAAUAACUCAAAGCCAGAAAGAAAACAGGACAUUGCAGAGGAAACUACAGCUACUUGAACUGAAGGUUGCACGGGAGCGCGCAGAGAGGACAACUCGAGAGCGCGCCCUAGCUAGUCGUCCCAGUAGUGUCAAAAUCCUCGACCGAUACAGAGGAAUGGCAAGAGGUGAAGGACAUCUCACUGGAGGCCACAGGAGCUUUGUGAAGCCAGUAGGACACAACGUGUGGAGUGAUGACCAACCAAUAGCUAUAGAUGAGGGCAGUGGAACCUCCACCCAGCAUGUUAUCGUGAAAGCGUCUGCAGAGGCUGCAGGUCCUGGGUUCAAGCUGGAAAUGUAUGAAGGAAAGGAGGACCCACCACACAGCAGAGACAUCCAGACUGGAGUGCUUGCUGUAGCCACGGAGGACCCCACCCUCGCCCCAGCACUGCCCAGGGCCCAAUGCAGCAUGACGGAGGUCAGUGGAACGCUGAACACCGUCCUCAAGUCAGAGACAGACACUGAGACUUUAACGGUGCUGGAGCGACUGGGCUGUCCUCCUGCUCCCCGCACAGAGUAUUUAGUUUACGGGAGCCCGAGGACGGCUCUGUUCCAUCAGGACUCAGGUGAUGCGUUACAGACUGGCAAUGAUCCGUCCUGUUCAUACGCUACAGAGAUGAUACCUGGUGACAUGCCUGUGGGCUUAGAUACACAGACUAAUUCAAUGAGAAGGGACUGGAACCGGUACAGUAGUAGUGUCUACUCUGAAAUGUGUCUAGAUAAGAAAGGGGAGGGUCUGGUCAUAGAUGAGGUGACUGUGAAAGUGGAGGGUGAUGCUCUUCUGACAUGGAAUGCAGACCAGACUCACUUAGGAGAAGGACACUCUCAGGAAAACAAGAGUGACUUCUUAGACUACAGGGAAAGCUUAGAGCCAAAUCCAAAAAUUGCAACCCACUCCCCUUUACACACGCUCAAGGAACGCGACCCAGUGUCCACAUCUAUGGCACCUUCCGAUUCACACAACCAUGCCCUUAUCGAUCAGGUAUUGAAUUCAAAUGACAAGACUAGAGCCCUGGCCCAGGGAGGGGGAGCAACAUCAGGCGUUAAUAAGGAGAAACGGUUCUUCUGCAUGUUCUGUAACAAAGGCUUCAACUGCCCUCAGAAGGUGGAGAUCCACCAGAGAGUCCACAUAGGGGUGAAACCCUUCAGCUGUACCCAGUGUCACAUGCGCUUCUCCCUGGCUUGGAACCUGAAGAUCCACCAGAGGGUCCACACAGGGGAGAAACCUUACAGCUGUACCCAGUGUCACAUGCUCUUCUCCCACUCGUCCAGCCUGAAGAGGCACCAGAGGAUCCACACAGGGAAGAAACAAUUCAGCUGCCCCUAGUGUGGGAAGACGUUCUCCCACCAGAACCAGCUGAUGAUGCACUUGAAGUUUCACACUGGAGAAAGGUCGUUUGCCUGUACGCACUGCGGGAAGAGGUUCUCAGAGAGGAGCUACCUCAGGAUACAUAAGCUGAAAAAACAUUUGACUGUAUAAUAUAGAAAGUAACCAUUCCACUGGAUAGCUUCUGACAUUUAGAUCAAACCCUGCAUUAAAGACAGAUAGAUUUUCAUUUGGAAUAACAAGAGUAACAGAUUUCAGUGUUGAAUAUUCCUGUGUAGAAUAUUGCAUUGAGACAGUGGCCGUGUCCAAAUACCCAUGCUAGCGUACAACAUACUUAAACUGCAUACUAAUUUCGGCAUUGGAUCUAGUAGAAUUCACUCACCUUUUCCCACUCACGUGUUUGACAACAGCUGAUCAUCAGAUAAAUGAAUGCUCUGUACCAAAAUGAAUGAAAUGAAAUCAAAUCAAAUUUUAUUUGUCACAUACACAUGGUUAGCAGAUGUUAAUGCGAGGUAGCGAAAUGCUUGUGCUUCUAGUUCCGACAAUGCA